AUGGAGAUCUGGAGAUGGAAGGAGUUUUGUGAGCUGUGCCUGGUUAAGGAACGACAAACGGAUAAAGUGUUUGUCUGUAAAAAGUUCCUGAAGAAGGAUGGCAGGAAAGUCCGCAAGGCCGCCAAGAAUGAAAUCAUGAUUUUGAAAUUGGUGAAUCAUCCCAAUAUACUUCAUCUGAUAGAUACAUAUGAGACAAGGAAAGAGUACUUCCUAGUCCAAGAACUAGCCACAGGAGGAGAUGUAUUCGAUUGGAUCUUGGACCAGGGGAAUUACACGGAGAGAGAUGCUUCCAAUGUCAUCAGACAAGUCUUGGAGGCUGUUGCAUACUUACACUCCCUUAAUAUAGUUCACAGAAAUCUGAAGCUUGAAAAUCUGAUGUAUUACAACGAAAACAACCACAACAAAGUUGUUUUGAGAGACUUCUACUUGUCUCGUUUUGAAAAUGGGCCGAUCACAGAGCCUUGUGGAACCCCAGAGUAUUUAGCUCCUGAAGUGGUUGCCCGUCAUCGCUAUGGGCGGCCCGUUGAUUGUUGGGCUGUGGGUGUCAUUAUGUUCAUACUUCUAUCUGGUAAUCCCCCUUUUUAUGAUGAAACAGAAGAGGAAAAUACAGAUUUACAUAAUCGUAUAAUUUUCUGUCGGAUCGUUGCUGGUGAUUUUGAGUUUGAUUCACCGUACUGGGAUGACAUUUCAACUCCAGCUAAAGAACUUGUCUGUCGGUUAAUGGAGGUGGAUCAGAUGCUGAGAAUUACUGCACAGGACGCACUCUGGCAUGAAUGGAUUGCUGGGAAUGGGGCAUCAGAGAAAAACCUCAAAGAUGGAGUGUGUGCCCAGUUUGAAAAGAACUUUGCCAAAGCAAAAUGGCGGAAAGCAAUUCGUGUCACAACGUUCAUGCAGCGACUGAAGAACACAGAGGCUAUGACUGACAGCUCGGCUGAGGUUCAGGGAGGUGAGGAGUCCCAAAGAAACAGUGAUGAGGGAGAAAGAGGCACAAGUGAUGGAGGGACUCAAGUGCCAGAUGCAGUGGCUGAGAGGGAGGUGGCACCAGCCUCUCCAGCCACAGCAGUCGGAGAGAUUGAAAAGCAAAUGGCAGCAGUGUUGGAGAAGAUUGAAGGAGACAUGCCCUCAUUGCUGGAGCAAAUCAGUGACUGUCCACCUGAACCAACUCUUGUGGUUCGGAGCACACAUGCUUCUCCUGCCACCUCCAGAGCUCCUCCACCUUUGCCCAGCUCUCCCAGACCUGCACAACCUCCUUUGCCUCGCCUCAGCAUCCCUCCCCCGUCUUACCCACCUCCCUCUCCACCUACUCAUCCUACAGUCUCUUCCCAGGAAUCAGAGGAGCAAGGCAGUUUAAGGAGUACAACUCACAAUGAGCUACAGGGGAGCGGCUUCGCUUUUGUGAAGAACCGAGAAGGAAUAUUGAUGUCCAGCUCGCCGCUGUCCAAGAAGCGUCGCUUGUCAGGAACAGAGACGAAGACGGGAUCCCACUGCUCAUCCUCUAACUCUGUCAGAACUGAACUGUCCCAUACACCUGCCAACGGCAUGGCUAAAAAUGGCAAUGAUGCUGAGAUUGAUGAAGGCCUGUACUCCAGACAACUUUAUGUGUUGGGCCAUGAGGCGAUGAAACGCAUGCAGAACUCCAAUGUCUUGAUCUCAGGAAUGCGAGGUCUUGGUGUGGAGAUAGCAAAGAACGUGAUUCUGGGAGGUGUUCGAAGUGUCACUGUUCACGAUGAAGGUGUUGCAGAAUGGCGAGAUCUGUCGUCACAGUUUUACCUCAGAGAAGAGGAUCUGGGAAAGAACAGGGCUGAAGUCAGUCAGCCUCGUUUGGCUGAGCUCAACAGCUAUGUCCCCGUCUCUUCACACACUGGAGCGCUAACUGAGGACUUUCUAACCAGAUUUCAGGUGGUGGUCUUGACUGAAUCACCCAUAGAAGAGCAACUGCUAUUGGGUGAUUUUUGUCACAGCAAAGGUAUCAAGUUUGUUGUUGCAGACACACGUGGCCUUUUUGGCCAGCUUUUUUGUGACUUCGGUGAUGACAUGAUUGUGUAUGACACAAAUGGAGAACAACCUCUGAGUGCCAUGAUUUCCAUGAUCACAAAGGACGGUCAGGGUGUGGUAACUUGUCUGGAUGAGGCUCGUCAUGGGUUUGAGAGUGGAGACUUUGUGACUUUCACAGAGAUUCAGGGUAUGACUGAACUUAACGGAUGCAAGCCUAUUGAAAUCAAAGUCCUUGGUCCAUACACCUUUGGCAUCUGUGACACCACAGGGUUUUCAGACUAUGUUAGGGGUGGAAUAGUCGCUCAGGUCAAAAUGCCUAAAAAGUUUUCUUUUAAAUCCAUUUCCUCGUCCAUGGGAGAGCCAGAGUUUAUGGUGACAGACUUUGCAAAGUUUGAUCGUCCAGGACAAGUGCAUAUUGGCUAUCAAGCGCUUCAUGCGUUCCAGAAAAAACAGGGUCGUCCUCCAGUUCCUUGGAGUCAGUCCGAUGGCGAGGAGCUCUUGACUUUGGCCAAAGAAAUAAACUCUACACAAACUGGUUCUGCCAAAGUGGAAGAGCUGAAUGAAGCUCUUAUUAAGAAGCUGUCACAUGUAUCUGCUGGAGACCUGGCACCUGUCAAUGCUUUCAUCGGUGGUCUGGCUGCUCAGGAAGUAAUGAAGGCCUGCACAGGAAAAUUUAUGCCAAUUAUGCAGUGGUUGUACUUUGAUGCCCUGGAGUGCCUGUCAGAAGAGGGAGUUGUGCUCACUGAGGAAGAAUGUGCACCUAGAAGCUGCCGUUACGAUGGUCAGAUAGCCGUUUUUGGAUCAAAAAUGCAGGAUAUGCUGGGCAAACAGCGGUAUUUCCUGGUUGGAGCUGGUGCAAUCGGCUGCGAGCUACUGAAGAACUUUGCCAUGAUUGGUUUGGCUUGUGGAGAAGGGGAGGUCAUUGUGACAGACAUGGACACAAUUGAAAAAUCCAACCUCAACAGGCAGUUCCUCUUCAGACCUGCAGAUGUAACAAAAAUGAAGAGUGAGACUGCUGCUAGAGCUGUAAAAAAGAUGAACCCAUCACUCAAGAUCACCGGUCAUGAAAAUAGAGUGGGCCCAGACACUGAGAGGAUCUACGACGAUGACUUCUUUGAAAGUCUAGAUGGAGUUGCCAAUGCACUUGAUAAUGUUGACGCUCGUAUGUACAUGGACAGAAGAUGUGUUUACUACCGCAAACCCCUCCUUGAAUCUGGGACUCUUGGCACCAAAGGGAAUGUCCAGAUUGUCAUCCCUUUCCUCACGGAGUCCUACAGCUCAAGUCAGGAUCCUCCUGAAAAGUCAAUUCCCAUUUGUACUCUCAAGAACUUCCCAAAUGCGAUAGAACACACUCUCCAGUGGGCACGAGACGAGUUUGAAGGACUGUUCAAACAGCCAUCAGAAAAUGCCAUGCAAUACCUCACGGAUCCAAAGUUUGUGGAGCGUACUCAGAAACUUCCAGGUGCUCAGCCUGUUGAGGUGUUAGAGGCUGUUCAUAAAACCUUGAUCACAGACCGACCUCACAGCUGGGUAGAUUGCGUGGCCUGGGCUCGCAACCACUGGCAGUGUCAGUAUAGCAACAACAUACAACAACUGUUGCACAACUUUCCUCAGAAUCAGCUCACCAGCUCCGGUGCCCCCUUCUGGUCUGGUCCCAAGAGAUGCCCACAUCCUCUGGAAUUCAGCACGAGCAAUGACCUCCACAUGGACUACGUAAUGGCAGCAGCUAAUCUUCAUGCUAAAAUAUAUGGAAUCCAGAACAACCCAGAUCGGGCUGGUCUAGUCAAAAUCUUGCAGGACGUCAGUGUGCCAGUCUUUACUCCGAGAUCAGGCGUCAGAAUUCAUGUUUCAGAUCAAGAACUACAGAACAGCAAUUCUUCUGUUGAUGACUCCAGAUUUGAAGAGUUGAAGGCACAAUUGCCAACUGCAGAGACUUUCAAAAUAAAACUAACUCCUAUUGAGUUUGAGAAGGAUGACGACACAAACUUCCACAUGGAUUUCAUUGUGGCAGCUUCAAAUCUGAGGGCCGAGAACUACGACAUUCCUCCAGCAGACCGGCACAAGAGUAAAUUAAUUGCUGGCAAGAUCAUUCCUGCUAUUGCUACGACCACUGCUGCUGUUGUGGGUCUAGUGUGUCUCGAGCUCCUGAAGAUUGUUCAAGGACACACAAAGCUGGAGUCCUAUAAAAACGGCUUCAUGAACCUGGCUUUGCCUUUCUUUGGUUUCUCUGAACCCAUCGCUGCUCCCAAACACAAGUACUAUGAAAACGAAUGGUCAUUGUGGGACCGCUUCGAGGUCACAGGGGUUCAGCCCAGUGGAGAAGAAAUGACACUCCAGCAGUUCUUGGACUAUUUUAAAAAUGAGCACAAGUUGGAGAUAACCAUGCUUUCUCAGGGAGUGUCAAUGCUCUAUUCAUUUUUUAUGCCUGCUGCCAAACUUAGAGAAAGACUGGCACUACCGAUGACCGAGAUUGUGACUAAAGUGUCCAAGAAGAGGCUUGGCAAGCAUGUAAAAGCGCUGGUAUUUGAGUUGUGCUGUAAUGACUUGACAGAUGAGGAUGUGGAGGUUCCCUACGUGAGAUACACCAUCCGCUGA